UGGGAAAUGAGAUGCAUGAAGGAGAGAGCUUGAUUAUUUAAAACAGUUACACUUGUUCAGCACUUGUAUUUGUUAAUAGAAAGCUGAAAAUGACAAGUCUGCAGCGAUGUAGACUCGCUGUCGGAGGGUUUUAUUGUCCACUUCCUGUUCGCACUAACAGGUUUGGGACGGCCUUUGAUACAGCAAACCCUCCGUGUGAACAUGGAGGCGGAGUGGACGGAGCAGAAUGUGUCGGGGAGUUAUUUGUUGUUUCUUCUCUUUUUCUGUCCAGAGCCAUCAUGAUGGUCCUGCCCUUCCUGUCCCGCCUCAUGCUCUGUAUCAUCGGAUCCAUCACCACCGUCCUCGCCCUGCCACCCACCGAGCCGCCACUGAUCCACGACCACCCCUUUGUGGCCAUAUGGAACGCCCCCACCGACGUGUGUCAACAACUCGACAUCCCACUGGACACCGCAGCCUUCCAGGCGGUGACCACGCCCGGCGCGGUGCACGGUCAGUUCCUCACCAUCUUCUACGAGGACCGCCUCGGCCUCUACCCUAAAGUCGACAAUGCCAAACACAAGCGCUACAAUGGCGGGGUCCCCCAAAAGGGUAACCUGACGGAGCAUCUGGCCAAGGCCCGAUGCCAGAUAGAUCACUUAAUCUCCCAGGAUUCCUCUCCUGGGCUGGCUGUCAUUGACUGGGAGUCUUGGCGCCCUCUGUGGGAACUGAACUGGGGAUCGAAACGUAUUUAUCAAAAGCUGUCCAUCCUUCACGCCCUUCAGAUGGCCCCGUUUUUAUCAUCAAAGCGCAUUUCCAAACUGGCAAAAAACCAGUUCCAGCACGCCGGGCGGCGCUUUAUGGAGAAGACCAUCAGCCUCGGCAUCGGUGAGCGUCCAAGCCGCCGCUGGGGCUUCUACCUGUUCCCCGACUGCCACAAUUACAACUGGAGGAAGUCCAGCUACACAGGGAAGUGCUCUGCGAAGACCCAGGAGCAGAACAACCAGAUGAUGUGGCUGUGGGAGCGCAGCACUGCCCUCUUCCCCUCCGUAUACCUCCACAGGGCCAUGAGGAACUCCCCCAAGGCUGCACUCUUUGUCCGCAACAGAAUCCAGGAGGCGCUGAGGGUGGCGGCGCUGCCUAAACGGCCGUACACGGUUCCAAUCUACGUCUACUGCAGGCCACUGUACCGAGACCAGACCCAAAAGUUCCACACUGAGGCUGACCUGGUGAGCACUGUAGGAGAGUCUGCAGCUCUGGGAGCAGCAGGGGUCAUAAUGUGGGGAGGAAUCAAAGACUACAACAACAAGGGAUCGUGUCACUCUCUGUCUGAGUUUCUGACGUCCACCUUCAACCCGUAUAUCGCCAACGUGACGGCGGCCGCCAUGCUGUGCAGCAAAGUCUUGUGCCAGGGGAAGGGCCGCUGCGUCAGGAAGAACUAUGACUCCGCCAACUACCUGCACCUGAACCCUGCGUACUUCAGCAUCAUACGAGGUGAGAGGAAGUACAUGGCGAUCGGUCUCCCCUCUGCCGCCGACCUCAACGCCUGGGCCGAAAACUUCACCUGUCAGUGCUACGCGGGAGGAAGCUGUUCGCCAAAGCUGACGCAUCCGACCACGAUCCAACUCAUCUGGGUGUAAUCGGCCUGGAACAGCGUCCCUUACUGGUGUGAUUGUGUAGUGAUCUGCAUGACGUUAAAUUUAAAGAUUGUUCAUUAUGUAAAAACAGAAAGGGAUGAAUCUGGGUGAAAAUAUUUCAUAGUUCGCAUAAUUAAAUGUGACUCUCACCUGUAUCAGACAUAAUACUGUGAUUUGUUUGAAUUAAAACUUAAA